AUGUCCAAACCCACCGUCCUGAUAUCAGGGGCUGGCAUCGCCGGUCCCGCCUGCGCCUUCUUCCUCUCCAAGGCCGGUAUCCCAACUACCAUCAUGGAGCGCUCCUCCUCGCUGCGCAAAGCCGGACAGCAAAUCGAUAUCCGGGGCGCCGCGCUCAAAGUCGUCCAGCAGAUGGGCCUCGAGGCCGCGAUCCGCGCCAAGACAACCAGAGAGGCCGGACUCGCCUUCGUCAACGGCGCUGGGAAGCGGCUCGCGCUGUUUCCCGUCGACGCGGAAGGGGGCCGGAGCUUCACGUCCGACAUGGAGAUCGUGAGGGGCGAGCUCGCGCAUAUCCUCUACGAGAAGAGUCGAGAGGGGAUGAGCACGGAGUACGUGUUUGGGGAUCAUGUGACGGGGAUGGUGCAGACGGGGAAGAAGGUGGCGGUGGAGCUUGCGCGCGGGGGUAGGCGGGAGUUCGACCUGGUGGUCGGCGCGGACGGGAUGGGAAGUAAGAUCCGACGACUGGCGUUCCCGGACGAGGAUCCGCUGCGGGGGCUGGGGCAGUACACGGCGUUCUUCACCGUGCCGUACCAGCCGUCCGACGGGGCGUACGCACAGUGGUACAACGCCCCCGGCGGGCGGUGUAUCAUUCUGAGACCGGAUGGCGUGGGGAAUACGCGCGUGUACCUCUCUGUCAUGAGCUCGAGGCCGGCCGGGUACUUUCAACUCGGCAUCGGCGAGCAGAAGCGGAUGAUGCACGAGCUGUUCUCGGACGCGGGCUGGCAAGCGGCGAGGGUGUUGCACGGGAUGGACCUCUCCGACGAUUUCUACAUGCAGGAGAUUGCGCAGGUCAAGAUGCAGCAGUGGUCGUCCGGGCGAGUCGCGCUGUUAGGAGACGCGGGAUACUGUCCCUCGCCUAUUUCCGGGAUGGGGACGAGCUUGGCUCUUAUCGGUGCUUACAUCCUGGCGGGAGAAGUGGCGAGGUGUGGGAGGGAUCACAGGGAAGCUUUCCGCUGCUAUGAGGAGAAGAUGAAGCCGUAUGUGGAGAAGGCGCAGAGUCUACCUCCUGGGACGCCGGCGCUGUUGAAUCCGCAGACGGCCUGGGGGAUCAAGGUACUCAAUGGGGUUUUGGGAACGGUCUCUUGGCUCAGAGUGGCAAAGCUGGUUGGGAAGCUGUCGAGUCCUCCUGCGGAGGACAAGAGUUUGCCAGUGUAUGAGUUCUGA